AUGGUGAAUGAAGCUGAGCCGAAAAAAGUGGCUAGAAGAGCCGCAAAGAAGGCGCCAAAGAAGAGGGGCAAAAAGAAGCCCCUCUUCCCGCGCGAAGACGUUUCUGGGGAGAGGAAAAAGAGGAUCGUGAGUUAGAAUUAUUUUUGAUCAGGAAAAUGAGGAAUGAUUUUUUGCAGAAACAAGCUCGUGAACAGGGCCUCCGAAGGGGAUAUCAAUAUGAAACAGAUUCCGAGGCGGAAGAAGAAAAGAAAGAGAAACCGGCAGGAGAAAAGAAAACUUGA